UGCAGACGCAAUAACACUCAUAUGAGUGAAGCUCAGCGGAGUGCUCUUAAUGCACUUUUAUAUCGUACUGGGGAUCAAUCCAGAGACAUAGUGCUUGCUCCUGCAACAAAUCGGCCAGGUGAUCUUGAUUCAGCUGUUACUGAUCGUGUUGACGAGGUUCUUGAGUUCGCUCUUCCAGGAGAAGAGGAACGGCUUAAGUUAUUAAAACUAUAUUUGGAGAAGUACAUUGCACAGGCAGGCAGUACUAGAACUAGAUGGGCAUCUUUCUUUAAGGGUAGGCAACAAAAGAUAGAGAUAAAGGGUAUAUCAGAAGAUGUUCUCCGUGAGGUUGCUGUCAAAACUGAAGGAUUCUCUGGCCGAGAAAUAGCGAAGAUGAUGGCCAGUGUGCAAGCUGCUGUCUAUGGUAGUUUCGAUUGUGUUCUUGAUGCCAACCUUUUUAGAGAAGUGGUGGAUUACAAGGUUGCAGAGCACUACCAACGAAAGAAGCUUGCUGCUGAAAGUAAAGCUUGACACUUCCUGAUAGGCAAAAUUUAACACGUAGAAUGAAUCUUAUGCCAAGUUGAGUGAGGGUACAGAGAUGGUUGAUAACAACUCAGCUCUUUCACCACUGCCCUUACAU